UCCCGCCUCCCCUCCAGCGCCGUGCACGGUGGUUGAGUCCAGGCUGCUCCCGGCAGUGAGCUGCCAGAUCUGGCUGGAGACAGAGUGAGACGGAGCUGGAGGGCGGCGGGAGGAUGAAAGCUGGGCCCACCUGAGCACCAUGGCCUCCAAUUGCAGCGACAUCGUACGCCAGGGAUACGUGAGGAUGAAGAGCAGGAAACUGGGGAUUUACCGGCGCUGCUGGCUGGUGCUGAGAAAAUCAUCCAGUAAAGGUCCCUGGAGACUGGAAAAAUACCCAGAUGAGAGGUCUGUGCUUCUUCGGACAUCCCCUAAGGUGACUGAGAUCAGUAAUGUCAAGUGCAUCAUGCGACUCCCUAAAGAGACAAAAAGGCAGGCUGUGGCUAUCAUUUUCUGUGAUGACCUUGCCCGGACAUUCACAUGUGACUCAGAGCUGGAGGCAGACGAGUGGUAUAAGGUUCUCUCUGUAGAGUGUCCAGGCACACGAGUAACUGACUAUAAUCUGGGGGAACCUGAUUUGCUGACAGCAGGAGUGCAAAGUGAACAGACAGAACGAUUUGGAGUGUUUUUGUUACCUACAUCUAAUUUGGACAUCUACGGAGAAUGCAAGAUGCAGAUUACCCAGGAAAAUCUCUACCUCUGGGACCCACAUAAUCCUCGUAACAAGCUGCUGUCAUGGCCACUCUGUGCACUACGCAGAUAUGGAAGUGACUCCACAAGGUUUACUUUUGAAGCAGAAAGGGUGCCUGGGAUUAGCGAGGGACUUUACACGUUCCAGACUGUGGAGGGGCAGCAGAUCUAUGAACGUGUACACAAAGCAGUCCUGGCCCUGGCUGAACAGCACAAGAGUUUUCUAAUGGAGAUAGAGAAAAACUCACGGCGUCUUAACAAGGAUUCAGAGACUUACUCAAGCACCUGCUCCAACACCUCCAUGCUGCCUCGCAGUGCAUACUGGCACCAUAUUACAAGUGGCCAGAAUAACUCAGAGUCUUCCAGUAGCCGAACGUAUAGCGGCAGAGGAUCAGACCCCAUCACGAGGCGGAUGCGUGAUAGGAAGUCCUCGGCAUGUGAAAGGAAACUGCCCACCUCAGCCUCUCAGUGACCAGAUCCUGCCUCAUCCAGUCCAUGUCCCUGAAUUGGAAGGAUUUAAUUGACCUGUAAAAAUAUUAGACUUUUAAAAACCGUGCAGGUGGCUCAAUGCACAAGGAGCAGAGUGCUUUGUGAUAGGCCAUAACUCCCAGACCAGAAGAUGGGGAUUUUGGAAGAGAAAAGCGGUUAUGUGAAGACAUGGAAACUUCCUCUCUGUAUAAAGCUAAUUUUGCACUUAAACUACCAAAAGCAAAUGCAUUGUGUAAAUGUUGAUAUAUACACAUAACAUGAAAUUGUAUAUAAUAGCAGAAGACAGUAGGACAGGUGAAAAAAACUUUAUUUAAAAAUAUACACUACACAAAGAUAAAGGAUGAGUGGUCAGUUAAUGGUGAGAACAUCACUUUGUAUUUCAUGACUGAGCUGUGUCUGAAGAUCACUGAGCUUCUUCUUUAAGCCAGAAAGUGCAGACAAAACAAUUGUUUCUGGUCGUAGAGAUCCACAUGAUUCAACAUUGUAAUAAAACCUAGGUAAAAAGGG